AUGGAUCCUCCAUUGGUUGCCCUAAUUACCGCCGGUAGCGCUGGUCUCGGCGCCGCAACUGCCCGUCUCUUUGCCCGGAACGGCAUUCGUGUAGUCAUUAACUACAACCACAACGAAGACAGGGCCGAAAAGCUUGUGCAGGAACUCAAAGAUAUCUCUCCGCUCACAGCAAAAAGCCCAGAUGGCCAAACUAACUUCAUUGCCAUCAAGGCUAAUCUGGCUGAAAAAGACCAGAUCGCUUGCCUCGUCAGCGUUACAAUACUUUGGAUGAAAAGGCUCGACAUUGUCUUCUCCAACGGCGGCUGGACCCGGCUUCGAGACAUCAACAAUCUGGAUGACAACCUGGACGAGGAAGACUGGGACAUGUGCUUCAACAUGAAUGUUAAGUCCCAUCUUUGGUUGAUGCACGCUGCGAAACCGCAUCUCGAUGAGACGGAAGGUGUCUUUAUCACCACUGCUUCGUUGGCGGGUGUCAAAGUCAGCGGGAGUUCGCUUGCCUACUCGGUCACCAAGGCGGCGCAAAUCCAUCUGGCCAGAGGAUUGGCACAGAUUGCGGCACCCAAAAUCAGAGUCAACACUGUAUCUCCGGGUCUUAUGCUCACGGACUGGGGUCUUCAGUUUCCGCCAGAAAAGCAGGAAGAGGCGAGGGAAAGAUCGAGGCUCAAGCGUUUGGCAACGGUAGAGGAUGUUGCAGAGCAGGUACUCUGCUUCGUAAAGUCCAAAACCGUAACAGGAGUGAACGCCAUUAUCGAUGGAGGAAUAUCACUCUGA